AUGGGGAGGGGAAAGGUAGAGCUGAAAAGAAUAGAGAACCCAACAAACAGGCAAGUGACUUUCUCAAAGAGAAGAAAUGGGCUUCUAAAGAAGGCUUUUGAGCUUUCCAUCCUCUGCGAUGCUGAAGUUGCCCUGCUUAUUUUCUCUUCCUCCGGAAAGCUUUAUCAGUUUGCCAGUCAUGACAUGGAUAGGAGUAUUACAAAGUAUAGAAGGGAAGUAGGGCUGCCAGAUUCAAAUAACCCUCAAUUUAGAACCAUGGAGUUCUGGAGAAGUGAGAUUGAAGAGUUAAAGAGAUCCAUAAACGCGUUGGAAGCAAGACUUAAGCACUUAUCUGGAGAAGACAUAUUAGCAUUAGGCAUGAGGGAGUUGAAACAGCUUGAGCGACAGUUGAAGAUAGGUGUUGAACGAGUCCGUUCAAGAAAGAGACGCAUUGUUUCUGAUCAUGCCACCUCGCUAAAGAGAAGGCACAAACAAUUGCAAGAGGAGAACACUCGUCUCCAGAAAAGAUUGAACGAGCUACAAGAUGGUAACAUCAGCUCAAGAAUUGUGGGUGAAAAUGCUUGCACCAUGUUCCAUGAGCAAAGGAUUCUUCAAGAUCUCCCUUAA